AUGACCCAGUGGGUUCUCCUGGUGCUGACCUUCCUGAUCUUGGGCAGGGGCCCGCUUGUCCCAGCAACCCCUGUCCCAGCCUUGCAACUCCUCCCGCAGAGCUUCGCCCAGGGCACUCCUGACCCUGUGGCCUCGACGAACUCCUCCAGCGCCCUCUCGGGUCAUCUCCGCCCUGGCCCCCGCCCUGGCGCCCACAUCACCCUCUCGCUGGAUGUCCCCAUGGGCCUCCUGCAGAUCUUACUGGAACAGGCCCGGGCCAGGGCCACGAGGGAGCAGGCUGCUGCCAACGCUCACAUCCUGGCCCAUGUGGGCCGCCGCUGA